CGAGCAUUCUCCGGCUGCCAUCUUGGGCUAAAACUAUGUUGGUUCAAUGCGAGUGGCUUCAUUCAGUAAUCGCGUCCUGUGGGAUUCUGCGUUCGGCGGCGGACGUGGACGUGCUCGGCCGAUGCAGCAGCCAGCCUGCUCGACAUCUCUAACCCGUGGCCGGCCGUAGCACAGACUCAUUGCCCACCAAAGCGUCCAUGUGAAGGGAAGAAAAGGAUCGAGAGCACGACCGCGCUCUUCAUCGCACAGGCUUCAUUCACGACGAGCGCUCAGUGUCAGUCCUAAUUUAACGUCCACGAGCACUUCGCAACCCUGCAACGCUCAGCUGGGCCGUUACCGACCGGUACCGACGCCGCAUCGUACAACGGACUGUUACGACUGCCCGACCCUGUGUUGUAGAACGGUGCUCAGAGUCGCGAAACGGACCCGUGCGCUGUGCACAGCUUCGCACAACAACUGUGCCGUGGGACUCCCAUUUGCUCUCCUUAUUUAUUUGCUUGAGAGUUUGUAAGCCUAAUCGGAAAAUAUCGGCGUUGGGUCUGCGAAAAGCAGGCCCCCGCGGUCGCUGCGACCCUUGUUCGGCGUUGGGGGAAGGACGAACAAUCGGUGCUUUUGUUGCGCUGUCACUGGCGAGCGGCUGUUGUGUCUCCGGGUCAAGUGUUGGGGCCCGAGUGCCGCGGCCGCUAGUGUGCCACCAACUUCGUGGCUUAUCUUGAUCGCUGGAAGCAACGAUCAACUUCGUCGGCUGGCUCUGAUUGUGCGUUUGUGUCUAUAUAGAGACGAAAAAAUCGGCACGUCGCAGCCCGUCCGUCGCCGUCAACAUGUUUUGGAAGUUCAACCUGAUCACCACCUCCCACUUGGAGACGCUCCUUGGGAAGGAGAAUGUCACGCUGAAGGAGUUGAUGGAUGAAGAGGACAUUCUUCAGGAGUGCAAGGCUCAGACCAAGCUGCUUAUUGAGUUUUUGAUUCGGCCCGACGUCAUGGACGAGCUUGUGAGCCUGAUCAUCCAAGAACCAGCAGAAGACAUCGAUGAGAAGCUGCGCUACAAGUACCCGAACAUAGCGUGCGAGAUCCUCACGUCGGACGUGCCUCAGAUCAACGAGGCGCUGGUACGGAGCGAGACGCUGAUGGCCAAGUUGCUGGGCUACCUGGAGGCCGAGCCGCCGCUGAACCCGCUCCUCGCCAGCUUCUUCAGCAAGACCGCCGGCAUACUGGUCUCCCGCAGGGCAGACACGAUGUUUUAUGCGUGCAUGCAGAAGGAGAACUUCGUGAAUCUGCUCCUGAAGCACAUUGACACUUCCGCUAUCAUGGACCUUCUGCUCAAGUUUGUGGCCUGUGCGGACAGCGAAAUCCUAAGGACGUCCAUUACCCAGUGGCUGGACAGCGCCCGGGUGGUUCAGCAACUUGUGGCGCUGAUCGACCCGUCGUGCAGCGAGGACCAUCACAGCAACGCGGCCGAGGCCCUGUGCGAGAUGAUCAAGCUGAGCCGCGAACAGAUGUCCCUGCUGCAGGAGAAGGCACCCGCCGACCCACUCCUCGAAAGCCUCGAGUCGACCGAGACAGUUGCCGAGCUGCUCAACCACAUGUUCUCGUCGGACAAGACCAACGAGUCUGUGUUUGUCAACGGAAUCUCCGUGCUCCUGUCUCUACUAGAGUUCCGCAAGCAGGGGCUGGCGGGCCAGCAGCAGCAGUUGCAGAAGAACGGGGAAGGGGGGGGCCCCGAAGGAGGCCUCGGGGGCCUCGGGGGCGGCAUGCUGCAGGGGGAGACGGCCUGCUUCGCCUCGCUCUUCUUCCGCUCGGAGAACACGGAGCAGAUGACCGCCCUGGACGUGGAGCGCCUCCGUGCGGGCGUCGGGAAGGUGCUGGCCGCCGUCCUGCCCCGCCUCGGGGACUUUCUGGCGCUCCUCGCCGACCCCCCGCAGAAGAUAUCUUGGACGACGACAUUCGGCCUCCUGGACCCCCCGCUGGGGCAGACGCGGCUGGAGGUUUGCCACCUGGUGAAUGCUCUCAUCAACUCUAAUGACGACGGCGUCAACCAGCGCCUGGCCGACCUGGGGGCACUGCCCACCAUCCUGGAGCUGUUCUUUGCGUACUCGUGGAACAACUUUCUGCACACACAAGUGGUGCACAUGGUGAGUGCGGUGAUGAGCUCGGCGCACGGCCUGGACCAGGAGGGCAACAAGGUGCAUCCACUGCUGGACCAGCUGCUGGGCAGCUGCACCCUGGUGCAGAGGUGCCUCGACGCCUGGGAGGCCAACACCCUAGAGCAAUCUCAGCCUGGCAAGCAUCGCAGGGGCUACAUGGGGCACCUGACCAAGAUUGUCAAUGACAUUGUGGCAGCUGCCGACAACGGCACCAACUCGGAACUGGUCAAGGAACGUCUGAAAGAACUGCCUGAGGAAGCCAGAGGACGCUGGGAGACUUUCAUCAACGAGACCUUGGCGGAAGUGAACAGGAAGAACACAAUGGCACUGGGCGGUGUGCCAAAUGCGUCGAGCACCGAAGACGACGAAUGCAUCGACCUUCGAGAAGUCAGCUUUCAUCAGGAGACGGCUUUACAACAGGUUUUCCCAAGGUCGGUGCAGCAGGCGUUUUCAGACUACCAGAUGGAGCAGGUGACGAGCAACUUCGUCGAGCAGUUUGGCUUCAACGACGACGAGUUUGUCGAGGCGGACGAGAACCUAGUUGGUCAGUUGGAUCAGCUGGGAAGGGUCAACUUCCAGCUUCCUGCCGAGGUGAACAUGACCAGCGCGGCACUGUUUGACCGGGUUUGUCGAGAGAAGGGGCAGACGCUGGACGACGCCGACAGCGACGACGACAUCUGGGAGGACAAGGAGGUGGUGCUGUCGCCUGCCACUCGUGCCCAGAGGCGGCUGACGGACGACAGCGAGGAGCCGUACAGCAGCGACUCUGACGAGGAAGGUGGCGCCACCCAGCCCGCGGUGGUGGCCAGCUCAACCGACGAGGCUAAGAUGGACAUUGACCACGUCGUCGACCCAGAUACGGUUGCCAUGGAUACAACGAGUCCCUGGGACAGUGCGACCGCCGUCGCCGCCCCCGACGCAGAAGGCGCCGGCUGGGCGUCCUUCGACAACUUUGCCAACUUCAGUGCUGCCAACUUCGAGACGGUUGCAGACACCACGACGCCGGCGCUGCCUGUCGCCAUGGAGACGGCGGAGCAGCCACCGCCGGCUCCCAGUCCGGCGGCUUCGGCGCCGUCUCGGUCCGCGGACGAGCCGGACUCUUCCAAGAAGCCAGAUGCAGUCCGGCUCGAAUCGUCUAGCUCCAGCAACACGGAGGUCAGCUCCGCCGAAGCGCUUCCACCAGCUGCAAGAUCUGCAGAGCCCGUGGCUUCGAGCUCGGCUGAGAUCAACUCCGCCGAAGUUAGCUCGUCCGCAGACGCCAACAAGAGCACAAGCGGAGCGUCGGAGGAAGGUCCGGCGGACUCUUCACCCGCCUGCAGCGCUGCGAUGGCGGCGUCGCCCCCGCCCGCUCCGGCGUGCGCCAACGGACCCCUGCCCUCCCCGUCCCCCCCGGGAGACAAGAUGGCGCCCCUGGACGGCCCCCACAGACCGGACGAAAAUGAGUGUGACUCCGCGACCACCGAAGCCGGUUCUGCCAGCGUGCCGUCGUUGUCAAGGUCUGACACCACUCCAGCGGCGGCGCCGACGACACGGCCACCCGCACCCCCACCACCCGUGCAGAACGGGCCACUCUGAGCCGAGCUUACGGAACUGUUGCCGCCAACGUCACGGCGAGCAGAGUGGCGAAAAGUCCGUCUCUCGACAUCAUCGAAGCCUCCGUUUCUCUUUGUCAUCGGGGAGCGGGUAGAAGACCGUCGUCGUCGGCUCUAGAACAGUCGGUCGUUCGGCGACCGUUUCUUUUUCUUUGUAGGUUCGAUUGCGGCGACAAAGACGAGGGAGCGCGGGUUGUGUAUCCGGCACGAACCACGCACGAUGCGUGUGGUUUGCUAAGAGAGCUCAUCUAAGCCAAACGGGCCUAGCACAUACCUCGCUCGUAGUGUGGUUUGUGCAGGACGCAUUCUGUGCUCCGUCAUCUUGGUCGGCGUUGUCGAGUUUUUUUGUUUUUUUUUCUCUUCCCUUGCACUUUGUGUUUGUGUGUUCCCUUUUCUUGUCAAGUGCUCGUGGGUGAGAAUGCGCACGAAAACUGCUUUUCGUGCGAGUUGUCCGAUUGUUUUUGUUUCUUUAUUACCGCUGCAAUUGUUUGGUUGCCGUCGCGGAGGAUAGCGUUUGUCCCGUACGAGAAAGGAAAGAAUUAGCCGUCUGUGCUCAACUUUUUGUUUUUUGCACCACCUUAAUUUGCGCCACUUUGAGCGUUUUUGAUUUUGAUACAUUGUUUAUUGCCACGGCUGAGUUCUGUUUUAGAAGACACGAUCGAAACCGUGCAAAAAGGAUUCCACUUUUCCUAUUUUUCGUCACGUGCUACACCGUCGCUGCGUUUUCACUUUCGUUAUGGUUGCAUUUAUUCCUUAGGAAAACACAGAGUAGCCUUUACGUAUGUUUGCUUUGUCAUUAUUAGACAUUUUAUGUGUGUUUUUUUAUUUAAAAUAAAAGGCAGUAUUAGAAACCAGACCGAACGUACCGAUGAUGUUUUGAGCUCUUUAUAAUUAUUUUUUACUUUUCAUUUGUGUUUUGUUGACUGCAACUUGACGGCUGUAGGCGGAGAUAAAAAUUGACCAUGUGUGAAAGCAGGCAUCAGUGACUGAAAAUAUUUUGCCUUUGUUUUGUUUGAAUCUUGGAGUGGUUGCGACUGAGCUAUGCAAGUGGCACUUUUCUGCAGUUGACUUGGGACUCGCGUCACCGUAGUCUUCGUCGCGUGUCUAUCAACGUUCUACAGGUCUCGUCAUCAAACCGACUUAGUCUGUGCAGAGCUGCAAGCCAUUUCGCUUAAAGUAUAAUUGUGCUCCGAGUACGUCAGUUACUUAUGGCAACACAAGGUGCAGCGUGCGCGUUUCAGGCAGACAAUUCAACGGUGGCCCGCACAAACUUUUGUUACCUGAUGUAGCAAGUUUUUCCUCUUUGCAACAUGGUCAUUUCUCAAAACUCUUUUUUCGCUCUUUCCUUUUUCUUUUUUUUAGUCUUGGUUCUUGCUUAUACUUUAGCAGACGGGCACACUUAACCGCGGUUAGGUGUGUCAGACUUAACUGCGGUUGAGGAUGUCAGACUUGCGUCCUAAACCACGGUAAUGUUUAAGAAGGGUUAGCAGUUGCUGCCAACUGUACUAUAGUACACGGGCACCCUUAAAUAGCAGUUACGCCCGACCUCAUUCACAUUUAACUGUGGUUAAGUGCGCCGGUUUAGCUAGGGUAUUUGUUGGCAUAGUUGGAUGUUGCUCAGAAGGGUCAGGCGCUCGAGAAUGGCUUGCGCCGACUUGGCGCGUUGACGGAGUGUCCAAGUCACCCGCGUUUGUAGGUUAGCAGCACGCCAAACGUAGCCAUCAUGCGAGGCAAAGUCGAAUGUUGUAGCGGUUUGUCCGUUUUGCGAGGCAGCGAGGUGCGCCUGCUUUGCUUAGACUUUUUUGGUUUGUUUUGUUUUUGAGCAGGGAGAGAUUUGGAAGUAAUCUCUUUCUAGCGCUGAGGUGGCGAAGUGCCUUUCACGCACCGGCUGGCGAAAAGAACGAAAAUGGGCCGACAAAAGCGUGCGGACGACGACGACGGGAGGGGAGAUUUUGCCGCGGCUUUUUUUAACACUUGCUCGCGCCCCUGGAGAGGGAUAUCCCAGUCUCCUUCCGUUCCCGUACUUUUCCCGUACUUCGAGCGUUCGUAGUUUUGCCGAGCAACUGAGGGGAAGGAGGAAAGCAGACGAUUGCAAACCGAUGCAAUAAAGCUUUGGAAAACGCCG